CAUGUUAAUUAAGAAUAUCACUAAUCAUCCUUUUCUAGGAGCCUCGACCAGAUUAUUACUCGGCAAGAAAAUGGGAAAAGGAUCGUUAUUCAAGUAAAGGACUUCCAAUCGUCUUUCAAAAUUCAACGUUUUCGGGAACCACUUUGUCUGGGAGCAUUAGUGGUGGAAAUUUUGUUAAUAAUGGGCAAAAGAGAGGAAACGAAGAGAAUCAAGAUAAAAGCGAUUAUGUACAAAUGAAAACGAAGCGUACCAAAAUGGAACAUUACUUUCCACGCAUCACACAUGAAACUCAAAACCAACCAUUUGAAAAUGUUGAUAAUUGUACUGAGUUGUCUGGCACCACUUUAUUUGGUGAUAUUUCGGAUCAAGAUAUCGGGUACACUACACCAUGCCCAAUGAAAAAAAAUUCAACGGUUGAACUUCCUGGCACCACUUUAUUUGAUGAUAUUUCAGAUCAAGAUACCGGGUACACUACACCAUGCCCAAUGAAAAAAAAUUCGAUGGUUAAACUUCCUAGCACCACUUUAUUUGAUGAUAUUUCAGAUCAAGAUACCAGGUACACUACACCAUGCCCAAUGAAAAAAAAUUUGACGGUUGAACUUCCUAGGGUAACCGAACGUCAAAAUAAAAUACAUGUUGACAUUGAUAAUCCUUUCCUGGAGGAAAGCGAUUUCAUUCUAUCAAUUGAUGACAUUCCACAAGGAUUAACUUUCAAAGAUGAAAAUUCAGUUGACGAUUUUUAUAUGGGAGAUAUUAAUGUGUCCUCGCUGUUCCGAUAUUAUCAAAAUCAAUCGUUGAAGCUUGCAAGGGAUAAGGGUUUAUUCGUCGAAACUAAUGUUCACGAAAUAUUGUCUUUAUCAUCAAUUUUAAUGCUCUCACCUAAUUCACAUUCAACACUCAUGAUUGAUUCUUUUGGAUCGCCUUUACUUGAUCAGAUUCAUCAAGAACUCAUUCCAACACAGCAAGUAUUGGAUUCUGAAUCCGAAUCAAAAUUUAGGAAAGCCAUCAAAAAAGCAAAUAAAAAUUCGCGUGAUGAUGCAAUAGAUUGGCUUUCUGCAGAGCUUGUAAACAAUCGAAAUUUGAAGAAGAACUUCGGCUCUGUUAUAUUAAAAGGAUUAGAGACACUACCCGCUGAUAAAAUAAGAAACGAACCCAGUGAAACGUCGCUUAUUACUAAUCAUUUAGACUACAUUAUGAAAGACAUUUUUUAAGACCCAGAUAAACAUAUUGUUCAAUGGCCAAAUACGGCAUUGGAUGAGAGUAAGUUGAGGAAAUUCGAAGGAAGGACAAAACAACCAGACUUUGUUGUUUCGGUUAUA